AUGGCGUCCGCAACCGCCUUCUUCCAAUUCUGGUGGACAGAUCUGACACGAGAUGCCUUUCUCGACUGCCUGCCAAAAGAAGAUCUUUUAUCCAUGCGACUGGUGUGUCAUGACUUCUCCCAACGCACAGCCCCUGUGCUCUUCAAAGAAGUCGAAGUCUCGUUCCGAAAUGGCACCUUUACCCGUCCAGCACGCAUGGCCGCUCUGGAACGCAUUGGAACCUACAUCAAAACUCUUAAAUUUAAUAUCCCUCACACCCCGGAAACCUUUCUUCCACCUCUGGUACACCCCGUCACAGGACAGGAACAAACCUUCGUUUACGAACCACAAAUAUUUCCUUCUUGCCCCGCGGCAUCCAGACUCAGUUUCCCCCGAUAUGGCACCUGGGAAAUGACGGAACUGUUAACAAAACAGUACCCACCGCUAUUCCACGCGGUAGCGAAUGUCCCCUCGUUCAUUCGCGCAUUCAACGCCAUGACUUCACUACGACACCUCAAAGUGUCAUGCGACGGCCAAGCGGCUGGGCACCGCUACCGGCGCAGCGUAGUAGACUACGCCCUUAUAUCCCUACGCAUAGCAAUUGAACAGACACCUCUAAAAUCACUCGAGACACUCACCCUCCAGCCCAUACACCCAGGCGCAGUUCUCUACCUCCGGCCAAACCUGGGCUUCGGCGCAUCACCCGGGGCACGUAAACGGUGGUCGCAAAUUCGCAACCUAUCAAUAGAAAUGGACAGUUUUCCAUACGACGACGACAACAUCAUCAAUAUCAACUCUACCACCACCACCACCGCUUCCUCCUCCUCCCGUUCCUCCAACCACUCGAAGAACAGCAACAGCACAAAGAGACCCCAAGACCACCUAAAACUCCUCCACUCCUACCUCCAAUCCUUCCCAAACCUCACCCGCUUCACCUUUCGCUGGCGCGGCCAGCAAGGCCCCUGCCCCCUCUCCCUUCCCACAGAACCCUGCCUCCAACCCACCGCCACCGAACCCUCCACAACCCUUUGCCCCACCCGCUUUCCAGCACCCCCGCAACCCCUCAAAUUCCCCUCCCUGCAAUACGCAGAGGUUGAAAACGCCUUCCUAGACGCCAGCCAGGUAUCCAUCUUUAUCCUCGAGCACCGGCGCACGGUGCGCGAGUUUAACUUUGAGAACACGACGUUGCGGACGGGGAAUUGGGAUGAAGCGCUUGCGCCGCUGACGAGGAUUUCGGGGAGUGAGGGGUGGAAGGAGAAGCAGAGGGAGGAGAUGGAGGUGCCGAUAAUGCUUAUGUUGGGACCGGUGGGGUUUGGAACGGGGAGGAGUCAGGUGCAGAAGGUGAGGUGGGAGGAGGAGAGGAGUAAGGAUCGGUUGAAGAAUUUUAGGGCGUAUGGUGAUGCUGGUAGUGGUGGUGGUGGUAGUGGUGGUGGUGGUGGUGGUGGGGGGGGAGGAGGUAGCGGGAAUGGGAGUAGUAGUCACUUCCAGCGGGCGAGUUUGAGGACGAGAGAUAUGUUUUGGGGUAGACAGGAGCAUGUGCGGAAAUUUUGGAAAUCGUCUGUUUUUAGUUGGCGGUAA